AGCAUGGGGAGACUGCCCCAUCGCAUCACCCCCCUCAUCGUGUGGUGCUUCAUCACCUUCCAGGCAGCCUCCUGCCUGCAGGAGCAGCCCAGCAGCCGCGCUGAGGACCGUCUCUUCAAGCAUCUCUUCACUGGCUACAACCGCUGGUCGCGGCCAGUGCCCAACACCUCUGAUGUGGUCAUUGUGAAGUUCGGGCUCUCCAUUGCGCAGCUCAUCGAUGUGGAUGAGAAGAACCAAAUGAUGACCACAAAUGUCUGGCUGAAACAGGAGUGGAGUGACUACAAGCUGCGCUGGGACCCAGCAGAAUUUGACAAUGUCACCUCCAUCCGGGUGCCCUCUGAGAUGAUCUGGAUCCCCGACAUCGUGCUCUACAACAAUGCCGAUGGGGAGUUUGCUGUGACCCACAUGACGAAGGCCCACCUCUUCUCCAAUGGGAAGGUGAAGUGGGUGCCACCUGCCAUCUACAAGAGCUCGUGCAGCAUCGACGUCACCUUCUUCCCCUUUGACCAGCAGAACUGCAAGAUGAAGUUUGGCUCAUGGACCUACGACAAGGCCAAGAUUGAUCUGGAGAACAUGGACCACCACGUGGACCUCAAGGAUUACUGGGAGAGUGGCGAGUGGGCCAUCAUAAAUGCCAUUGGCACCUAUAACUCCAAGAAGUAUGACUGCUGCACUGAGAUCUACCCUGACAUCACCUUCUGCUUCGUCAUCCGUCGUCUCCCGCUCUUCUACACCAUCAACCUCAUCAUACCCUGCCUGCUUAUCUCCUGCCUGACUGUGCUAGUCUUCUACCUGCCCUCCGACUGUGGGGAGAAGAUCACCCUCUGCAUCUCCGUCCUGCUGUCCCUCACCGUGUUCCUGCUGCUCAUCACGGAAAUCAUCCCGUCCACCUCGCUGGUCAUCCCCCUCAUCGGAGAGUACCUCCUCUUCACCAUGAUCUUCGUCACGCUCUCCAUCAUCAUCACCGUGUUCGUCCUCAACGUGCACCACCGCUCCCCCAGCACCCACACAAUGCCGCGCUGGGUGCGUAGCUUCUUUCUGAACUUCAUCCCUCGCUGGCUCUUCAUAAAGCGCCCUCCAGUGCUGCCUCCCCCCGAGGGGCCCGUGGGGCAGUAUGACCUCCCCGGCACGAGGCUCAGCACCUCCCGGUGCUGGCUGGAGACCGACGUGGAUGACAAGUGGGAGGAAGAGGAAGAGGAGGAGGAGGAAGAAGAGGGGGAGGAAGAGGAGAAGACGUACCCCAGUCACAUACCCCAGGUGGGAUCCCAAAGCCAGGGCAACAAGUGCUGCUAUAGCUGCGGGCAACAAACCAGGAAGACAUCAGAGGGCUUGCCCCCGCGGGAGCCCCCCAAGAGGGAGGAGGAGCAGGAGGGCUCGGACCAGGGGCUGCUGCUGUCCCCCAGCAUCCUGAAGGCCCUGGAAGGGGUGCAGUACAUCGCAGACCACCUGCGAGCAGAGGAUGCUGACUUCUCGGUGAAGGAGGACUGGAAGUACGUGGCCAUGGUGAUCGACCGCAUCUUCCUCUGGAUGUUCAUCAUCGUCUGCAUGCUGGGCACCGUGGGGCUCUUCCUCCCACCCUACCUGGCAGGGAUGAUCUAGGG